UAUACUUGCACUGUAGGUAUAUAGUUUAACAUUUCGUUAAAAGCAUGGAAGGUAAGGCUGUAUCAUCUGCUGCUUAUACGCCAGAUAGUUAUGCCAAGCUCGCUUGGAAUAUUACAGAAGGUUACAACGAAAGUUAUGGAAAUGUGACACAGUCGAAUAUAUUAGUGCACGAGCCGCCUUUCGAUACAAACGCUGUCAUCUUAUCCACCUCGCUGAUCAUGCCAAUGAUGAUCUUUGGAGUUCUGGCCAACAUUCUCACGGUCUAUGUGAUCUGCAACUCAAAAAAGCUAAAAACCAUCUUUAAUCUUCUCAUCACCAGUCUGUGUGUGUCAGAUUGCAUCUCUGCUCUUAUAAGUCCUUUGUUUCUCUAUCGCCGUACAUGGGGUUUCGACCAUUGGGUAAUCUCAAACUUCCUGUGCAAGUUCUUUUGGGGCGCUGACAAUGGGACGUCCAUAUCAACUUCAUUUCACAUUCUCUGCUUCUCGUUUUUGAGACUGCUUUCCAUAAGCUGGCCUCACCAUUACAAACGCGUGAGCAGAUUUCACGCCAAGAUGUGCUUGCUCGUAAUUUGGCUUCUUUCAAUUGGAUUUGGCUUUGUUCCGUUUGCACUGUGGUUCUCCGCACGUAAAAUGAACAGAAACGUCAAAAGUGCGGAAACCGGAUGGCCUUCUUGUACCAUCAGCCUGAACUGGGCUUAUCAAUUCAAGAAUUACUCCUUGUUCGGAUACCUUGUAUUUUUCUAUAUUCCUUUUGCAUUGGUGGUGAUGGUGUCCGUAUCGGUGUCGGUCAUCAUCUGCAAGAGGAGAACAGAAAGAGCAAAAGGAAAAUCAAAAGAUGAUGUUGCGGAAAUUUCGAGACAAAGAAAAGAGAAUCAAGCAAUCGUACAACUGGCUCUGGUUGUUGGUUCCUUCAUGUUGGGCUACAUUCCACACACUGCCUAUCACAUAUACGCAAUGAACACUAAAGUGACAACGCACGAAGACGAGGUUUUUCAUUGGUGGUUUGGGGUGGUGGAAUAUUUCUGUCUCCGACUCAGCGAAUGUUUGAACCCAGUAUUUUACAACCUUGCAUCCAGCAAAAUGCGAAACGAAACAAAAAAGGUUUUGGCGAGAAUUUGCGUUUGCUGUGCUACUGAGCAGGCCAAUCCGCAAAGUCGAAUGACGAUUUCCACAACGUUCGAAUCAGGAAAAUUGUAG